AACAUACAACAACCCAAAAUUUUCUUCAACUUCUUCACCCAACCUCUCUUCUCCAGUUUCUCCGCCAUCACUAUUCACAGAUCAAGGAAGAAGAAACAUGUCACAAAGUCUUCUCUUUCCUCUUCCAAGUUCACCUUCGACGGCAAAGUGGUUGAUCGGUCUCCGCCGUCCUUUUAGAAAUCUCAAUCAGUCUUUACCUCCUUGCCACAACCCGCCGCCGCUAUCCCUGAAACUUCUCCGCCCCUUUCUUCCUCCAGUUUACUGUAUUAGAAAUCUAUCUUUCGACUUAAAGGGUGGUCAAAGUAUGAGUGGGUUCCAUGAAAUUGAGCUGCAAGUGCGAGAUUACGAACUCGAUCAAUUUGGUGUCGUAAACAAUUCCAUUUAUUCAAGUUACUGUCAACAUGGGCGUCACGAAUUGCUGGAACAGUUAGGAAUAAACGCAGAUGCCAUUGCUAGGACAGGCGACGCCCUAGCUUUGUCUGAGAUGACACUAAAAUUCAUUAAACCACUAAAGAGUGGAGACAGGUUUGUUGUGAAGGUGAGAAUAUCAGAUUCAUCAGCAGCCCGACUAUACUUUGAACACUCCAUCUUCAAGUUGCCUGAUAAUGAGCCUAUUCUUGAAGCGAAAGCGACUGCAGUUUGGCUUGACAAGAACUAUCGCCCUGUCCGAAUACCAGCAGAUAUGAGGUCUAAAAUUGUCAAGUUUAUUCGACAAGAGGAUCAAUCCAACUAAAGCUAGCACCUGCAUAUUGGAAAAAGAGGAUGGUCGAGGACCUUAUCAAUCAACACUCAAACAAUGAAAUCUCUACCUGGAAGGUUUUUCUCAAUUAAAACUUCUUAUCAAGGUAUCAUGUGUGUACAGGAGGAAUUUCCAAAUUUUUUGUUUGCAUUUGGUGGACAAUUUGUGCUACUUACAGUUUUAUUUUAUUCUUUACUGGCAUUUAUUUAAACUA